CGACGCUGUAGCUGAUAUCUGGUGAAUCCUGGACGCGGGUGGAUGAGCACUACGCGUAGCACCCAUAGCUUCUAAACGGCAAGGGCUCGAAUCUCCACCUCCUCACCGUUCCCGACUACGCCAUCCAAAAGUCUUCCCACCACACUCAAGUUUGAGGCUGGAAGCUUGACCCGACUCUUUGGUGGUGAUCAAACCCAUAUUCAGCCAUGACAGGCACAACACCCCCGAUCCUUCAAGGGCCGACCUCGAAGGAGAAGAAGUAUGAUCGCCAGCUACGACUAUGGGCUGCCAGCGGGCAGGCGGCGCUAGAGGAGUCUCAUAUACUCCUCAUAAACUCCGGUCCGGGUGUCGUGGGAGUGGAAACCUUGAAGAAUCUCGUCUUGCCAGGCAUUGGUAAUUUCACCAUAUUAGACUCCACAAUAGUCUCCGAGGAAGAUCUAGGCGUCAACUUCUUUCUCGAAGAAGAGCAGUUGGGGGGAUUCAGGGCAGAGCAUACCUGCAACCUCCUAAAAGAGCUCAAUCCAGACGUGCAAGGCAGCUACAUCACAGAGCGCAUCGAGUCUUUCCUCUUGAAAGCGGACGCUUUGAAACCAUAUACCUUGAUCCUCGUUACCGCGCCCAUCGCCCCCGAGCUCCUCUCUAAGCUUUCUGCAAACGCCGAGACCUCCGCCAUACCAACAUUCUACAUACACUGCACGGGAUUCUAUUCCCAUUUCUCUAUCCACUUACCCCCUGCAUUUCCCAUCGUCGAUACACACCCGGAUCCAGAGACCACCACCGACCUCCGCCUUCUGGCGCCAUGGCCAGAGCUCUCGCAAUACACAGCAGAAAAGACAAGUGGACUAAUGGAGAUGAACCACCAUGACCAUGGACACGUGCCGUAUCUGUGUCUGCUACUAUACUAUCUAGAAGAAUGGAAGAAGACGCACGAUGGACAAGUACCACAGAAUUACAAGGAGAAGACUGCUUUCAGGCAGACGGUGUCACAGGGGGCGAGGACAGACAAUGCAGAAGGUGGGGAGGAGAACUACGACGAGGCUGUGGCGGCUGUCUUGAAGUCUCUCAAUCCAGCUGAGCUUAAGAGCUCUGUGAAGGAAGUCUUUGAUGCGUCUGAGUGCAAGCUCCUUACGGCCGAUUCCCCGGACUUCUGGAUAAUAGCCAACGCUAUCUGGAGUUUCUAUGUUGCCCGUGGUGCACUUCCGCUGCCUGGAUCAGUUCCGGAUAUGAAGGCACAAUCUGCGGAUUAUGUCCAGCUGCAGAAUGUGUACAAGUCGAAGGCCCGAGCAGAUCUUUCGGAGGUCCUUCAGAGGGUACGAGGGCUCGAGAAGAAGCUUGGUAAGACAAAGACCGCUGAAGAGAAAGAAGUGGAACUAUUCUGCAAGAAUGCUGCGCACAUCAAGCUGGUGCGAGGAAGGCCAUUCCAUGUUGUGCAGCCAGGGAAAGGCGUCAAGUGGGAGGAUAGGGCCAAGGCCGCAGUUCAAGGACUCACCAAUCCGGAGUCUCUUAUCUUGAUCUACAUCGCUUUCCUCGCCUUUGACAUCUUCACAUCCACGCAUGCCGCAGAUGCGCUUGGUGGAGCAGCGAAGAUCCCUGGUGAGACAGACGCAGAGGCAGAUGCGGAGAAGGUUACUGGUAUUGCUUUCAAGAUCAUCGAUGACUUGAUCAAGGAAGCUGGAACGGUUGUCGAAGAUCCAGACUACUCUGAGGCAAAGUCAAAGGCCGCAGAGUUUGUGCAAGAGAUCGUUCGUGCCGGUGGUGCUGAACUACACAACAUCGCCGCUCUUACAGGUGGCUUGGUGUCUCAAGAGGUCAUCAAGGUGAUCACCAAGCAAUACGUCCCGGUGGACAACACGUGCAUAUUCGACGGCGUCAGGAGCAAGACCUCUGUUCUACGAUUCUAAAGCUCUCUGAGUCUUGUAUAUUUGAUGCGUAGGGGACCCUUUGGGUCAGAGGUCGAUGGAAGCUCUUGAGUAAAGCAUCUACGUCACGGCGUCUAGAUGCGAGAGAGAUUGAACGAUCGCGAAGCAUUGGAGAAUACCAACAUGGUCUCUCAACAUGGGACAAAAUGAAGUCAAUAGUCCAUUAAGAAAUCAUGAACUAAAAUGUGAAU